GGGCACCCGGCGGCCGGGCGGCGGGCCCCGAACGGAGCGAGCGGCGGGCAGAAACUCAAACAAAUGCUUUGAGUCCUCGUUCUUACCUGCUGACUGCAACAGGGUGUCCAUGGCUGAACUCUGAGUGGAGAGGUGGUGAGAGACCUGUCUCAGGGUGAGGCCUGUGACAGCACCAAUGGAGAGCGUGUACUCAGUGGAACCAGCGCUGGACGGGGCUGGCCCCACCUCACUGGACAUACUCAGCUUCCUGGACACCCUGGUGAACAGCACUGAGGAGCAAUGCUUCAGUGCCCGCUCACGCAGCACCGUCCUGCAAGGGCUGCCAUUUGGUGGUGUGCCCACUGUGCUUGCCAUCAACUUCAUCCUCUGGCUGCUCCUUCUCCUGAUCUUCUCCUGCCUUCGGAAAGCGGCUUGGGACUAUGGGCGCCUGGCACUGCUGAUGGACAAUGAUAGUUUGACAUCACUUUUCUACGGGGAGCAAAGUGAGAAGGAGAAGUCCCCAUCAGAGAGCAGCCCCCUAGAUGUCGACAAUAAGGACGUGGGAUUCUGCUCCUGGCUCCUUUCUAUCUACCAGAUGAAGGAUGAGGAAAUUCAGAGCAAGUGUGGGAUCGACGCCACCACCUACCUCUCCUUCCAGCGGCACCUCCUGGUCCUGCUGAUGCUGGUUUGUGUGCUCUCCGUGGCCGUCAUCCUGCCUGUCAACUUCUCGGGGGACCUCCUAGGACACAACCCCACUCACUUUGGCCGGACCACCAUCGCCAACAUCCCAACACAAGAUCGUCUCCUGUGGUUGCACAGCAUCUUCGCCCUCAUCUAUUUCAUCCUCACUAUCCUCUGCAUGGCUCACCACUCCAUCCACCUGGAAUACAGAGAGAAUGAGAAGGUCGCCCGGACACUGAUGGUUACUCACAUUCCCAUGGAGAUCACAGAUCCUUCGCUUAUCAUUAAGCACUUCCAUGAGGCCUAUCCCAGCUGCACUGUCACCAACGUACAGUUCUGCUUUGAUGUGCGCAAGCUGAUGAAGCUGGAUGCAGAGAGGCGUAAGGCAAUGAAGGGCCGGCUUUACUUCACCACCAAGGCACAGAAAGAGGGAAAGAUCAUGAUCAAAACCCACCCUUGUGCCCGGAUCUUCUGCUGUCGCUUCUGCGGCUUUGAGCAGGUGGAUGCUGAGCAGUACUAUGGGGAACUGGAGGAGAAGCUCACAGAUGAGUUCAACGCUGAACGCAACCGCAUCACGCUGAAGCGGCUUGACAUGGCCUUUGUCACCUUCCAGGAUGAGCGUAUGACAGCUGUGAUUUUGAAAGAUUACAGCCGCAUUCACUGUCGGAAGCACCCCCAGCAGUCCUCCGUGACCACCGUGGUCAAGUCGCACCAGUGGGGUGUGCGCUACGCUCCAGCACCCAGCGAUAUCAUCUGGGAGAACUUGUCAGUCCGUGGCACAUCCUGGUGGGUGCGAUUUAUUCUCCUUAAUAUCUGCCUCUUCAUCCUCCUCUUCUUCCUCACCACACCGGCCAUCAUCGUCAACACCAUGGACAUGUUCAAUGUUACACGACCUGUGGAAAGCCUCAAGAACCCAAUUGUUACCCAGUUCUUCCCCACGCUGCUACUCUGGGCCUUCUCCGUCUUCCUGCCAUUCCUUGUCUACUAUUCGGCCUUCUUUGAGUCACACUGGACAAGGUCAAGUGAGAACCAGCUUACCAUGCACAAGUGUUUCUUCUUUCUGGUGUUCAUGGUCAUCAUCUUGCCCUCAUUGGGACUGACCAGCUUGGACCUCUUCUUCCGUUGGCUCUUUGACACCCACUUUCUGGACCAGGCCGACAUCAAGUUCCAGUGUGUUUUCCUCCCAGACAAUGGCGCUUUCUUCGUCAACUACGUUGUCACCUCCAGCCUGAUUGGGACAGCCAUGGAGCUGCUGCGCAUCCCUGGCCUCCUCGUCUAUACCGCCCGGCUCUGCCUCGCCAAGUCAGAGCCCGAGCGGCUCCACAUCAAGCGGAGCCAAGCUUACCAGUUCCAGUUUGGGUUGGAGUACGCAUGGACCUGCUGCAUCUUCUCCGUCGUCAUGACCUACAGCAUCACCUGCCCCAUCAUUGUCCCCUUUGGUUUGCUCUACAUGCUGCUCAAGCACAUGGUGGACCGAUACAACAUCUACUAUGUGUACAUCCCCACCAAGCUGAACCAGCGGCUCCAUGUUGCUGCCAUCAGCCAAGUCGUGGUGGCCCCCAUCCUCUGCAUGUUCUGGCUGCUCUUCUUCUCCGUCCUGCGCCUUGGUCCCACCCGCCCUGUCACCCUCUUUACCUUUGUGGUCCUCCUCUCCUGCAUUGUCUUCUCCUUCUUUGGCCUCUGCUUGAAGAAGUUACAGCCACGGAAACCAUCCAGCUACCAGAUGUCUGAUCAGUCCGAGGGUACUUUCACUGAUGCCGAGCGGAGCAGCGUCUCCUCCACUCCCAACUCCAAUCUCUUCGUGGCCACAGUGCUGCAGGAGCCCGAGCUGAGCCUGACACCGGCAGCUUCCCCGGCACACCAGUCUUAUGGCACCAUGGGCAACCACUUGGAGCUGGCAGAGGAUGGGGAGGACUGUGGUCUGCAAAACUUUGAGACAGAGCUGGAGACAGUGGAAGGCGAGUACAGGACCGGCCCCGUGAUGGAGAGCCAGCCUCACUACCAGUGAGCAUCUUGCUCCCAGGCUGAGAGCCAACACUAGUGGGCGCCCACCUCACUGAUGGACCCACACAUGGGUGAUUUUGGAGCAGGGGGGCAUCAAGACUUAUGUGAGGGAGGGACUUCAGCCCGUGCAAGGCAGCAUGGCCUUGCCGCUGCAGACAGGCUUGGCCACCCUGCACCCCAGCAGCCCCGUCUGCCUCAUCCAGUCUGGGAUGGGGAAGAGAGGUUGCAGGGGUUUGGGGUAAGGUCUCCCUGAAAGGCUGUACUGCAAGGGGAGGAGGAAGGCCCUGUCUAUGGUCACACAUCCCCUCAGCCAUGACAAAACUUUGCUUGCCCACCCAUUGCUGCAGCCAUCUUGCUGCCUCCCAUAGCCCUGAGUGCUGUCCCCAGCCCAAGUAGUGCUGAGAGCACUGUCCUGGCAGGGCUUGUCCUCCUUGUGCCCUCCCUCUGCUGCUACAGUGUGCUUGUGCCCUCCGGUCUUCAGGGACAAGUGUAUUUUGUGGCCAUGACAACAGCAGCCUUUCACUAGUGGCUCCCAUCCUCCCACUCUUGCUGCCCACGCUCCCCUCGGGGCUGCCUGUGGGGACCACACAGCUCCAUCUCAUUGCAAUAGCAACAGGGGGCUGGCAGCACUCCCUGGCUUGUCCAGAGCCUCUGGAGCACGAAUGCUGCUGCACUGGGUGUGUGCACACCUGCUCCUGCCCAGGCAGCAUCCCUGGGCUUUUUGGGCCCUGGAUGCAGGAGCAGGUACUGCACCCCUAUCCUUGUUCCCACAGGGUGAGCACACACAGCUCGGCUGUGCCUGGGUGGUUUCCUGCUGGGGUAAAGCCAUGGCAGGCAGCUGCUAGCAGAAUAGUGAUGGUGCCAGUGGGGGACCCAUCUGCUACCUUCUGAAAAUGCAGAGGUGGGACUCUUGAAAUCCUGUCUCUUUCCAUGAGUCAGUCGUCCUCCUGUAGUGCCAGUUGUCUAGGAAUGGGGCAGUGCUCAGGCAGUUUCUCCCCACUCUGGUGCAGUACUGUAGAGGUAGAGGCUGAACUGGUGCGUGCCCAGGGAUGGUGCCCAAGACCUUACAUGGGAUGUGAGAGAGCUCAUCUGGGUCUUUCCCCUGCUAGGGAAAGUUGCAUUGCACUUCUGGGAGGGUGCCCUGCCCCAAUCCUUGCUAUCCCCAGGGGUGAUGGAGGGUGAUGGAGGAGUCUGACCCCAGAGAACAGCAUUGCAGGGGUGCCCUGUGCCACUUCCCCUGCCCAGCAUUACUGAAGCUGUUGGGAGUGGGGGCACAGUGUGUAAAUUCUGGAGCACCCAGCAGUGAGUUGGAGGUCUCAGCUCUCAAGGCUGGUAGCCCUGCUGCUCCCUGGCUUCUACAUGCCCAAAUGGUGGCUGUGGCAACCAGAAGGGACUAUGGGGGGGGCUCCUAGCUCCCUGCACUGGUGUCCUGCAGCCACUCAUCUUGGGGCUGGUAAGAUGCUGGUGGCCCCAUCCAGUGACUUGAUGCUCCCUGUCUGGGGGGACACAAGUGCCUGCGAGUGGCACUGAGUCCUGUGGAGCUCAGGCUUGGAUUGCCCUUGUUUGCCACACUGUAGGAAUGUGCCAGAGGUCUGUACCUUCUUGUUAUUUAUUGCUAUGACCGUGCCUUGAAUAAAAUGACUUCACCCAUCUGCUGCCUGCAGUCAUCACCUCUGCGCGUCACCCUCUGCCCAGUUCCAGACCCUCUCCAAUGACAAGCAUUGGCUGUCCCUUUAGUAUCCAGCCUGUGGCAUUGUGGCAGCAGCACAGCAGGUCAAGACAAGGCAGCAACAGGAAGAGCUAUCUGGGCCAGAAGCACUUCAGGGGUAAAGGGGAAGAUGCAGGAGCAGACAAGGUGCGGGGGGAAGAGGAGCACCCAGUGGUGUUACCUCAGAAAGGCUGGUACAGGGCAAGGGGUAUCAGAUUAGGUGAAAAACUGGAACAUUUAAAUCUAGCCCAGCAAACCCCUCUGUCAU